AUGACCCCCUGCGCUCGCACGACCAUUCGUGUUCUCACCGUGGUGUUGAACGAGUAUCCGCAAUACCAUGACGCCCCGCAAGACCUCCAUGAAACCAGGCAUCACAAAUGCGAGACCAAGCUGUUCGGACAUGCCUCUAACUUCCUCAAUUUCCGUAUCGAUGGCUCGGUCGCUUCUACAGGCUGGACCGACGUCGAGGACACUAGUCUCACCGUCGUCCUCGCGUCGAACUCCACUCCCUCGAAUGUGCCAUCAGGUUUCUCUAACACGCUGCCACCAGCCCAAGACACCUCCACCAAGCCGGAGUUCUCGAUUCUUCGCGUAUCUCCCAGCGAGCAGGAGGUUGACAUCAACGACUUCGCCUCUCCGAAGUCGAACGAACCCUACACUGUGAAGCGUCAUGCGCAGGACCUGCUCCGCGUCCUCGUGGACUACAAGCAGAAGGCUUGUGGACCGCAUAACGGCCGCUAUGGCACGUUCGAUGUCGCGGAGAAGUUGUGGGACUCGGAUCCACGCAAAGUGAUGCAGGAUUGGGAGCCUUUGCCCUAUGACCGAUUCGCGGAGGAUAGUUCGAAGGAGGUCAAGAUGCACGAUACCGACAGAAUGUUCGCGAAUGAACUGCUGAAGGAACACUGGACGAUGCAAGAUGAGAAAAAUCGCUCCACAGCACCUCUCGUCCUUCCCACGUUCAUCACGGCACUUACCAUCCCAACAUCCAUUAACGCGCUUGGCGAGCUCCUGGCAAUGGCUGAGGUUCUGAGUGUCGCUGCGGAGCAUCGUCCCAUUUUCACUCGGACCCUCCGGAUCAUCUACUGGAUCCUGAAAUCGCAACACGUCAAGCAGGCCUUUUCUUCUUCUUCACUCUCGUAUGCAUUUAAGAGGAAACCCAUCACCAUGAAGCUGCAACGCACCACUGGGUCUCACGACGCCGUCGAUGACGAUAACAACGAGGCUGACGAAGAUGACGCCCGCAGCUUGUUAACUCCCGUCCCCGGCGAGAACGAAGGGCAGGUCGUUUUACGCUAUCUACUCAUGAUAGUCGCACCCUUCACAGCAUGUUCCGUCGUCCUCCCGAGGGUCCGGAGGCUACCAGGGACCCCGGAAAUCUCGAUCGUCGAGCUCACGGACCACAGGAGGGAGGCUUCACGAGUUGCCGAAGAACAGUACAUGAACGUGCUGUUGGAGCGCGUUUCCAAAAACAUCACCGUCAGUAAGCGUCAACCCGCCGAAAUCGAACGUGCGAGCAAAUGGUUGCGCGAGCUCGCCAGUCACGAGUUCGAAGUGACCCGUCCACUGCAUGUUCACGCGGAAGCGGGGCUCAUCGGGCUGCUGAAACUGCCGACGUCAUCCGACAACCACGAAGUCGUCCAACAUUUGCAAGCUCACUUCGAUCGCAGUCUUGGGGUUCGCGUGAGCCAAAAGUCCUGCGCCACGUGUGCGCUGCUCUGGAAGCUUACCUCAGGCGAUAAGGAAGUAUGCAUUUCCGGAUCCCAUGGUCAAGUAGUCCCCCGGGAUCCUCCGUCAUUCGGUAUGGACGACAGCGUUCUGGAGGGCAUCGCGUCCGCGCUGUGCAAGAAGAUGGCCGAUGUGGCCUUCGCUCAAGCGGAGGAGCUUGAAGUUUCGGGCCGCACCUCCUCUCCCACCGCCAGCGAAGAAGACGAAGACUUCGAUCCAGCAAGCGACCAUCGUAAGCCCAUCGAUUAUAAACCGGUUGUGAUCGGAGUAGCCGUCGAGCAGUACACGAUGUAG